GAACAAAAGCAAAUGGAUUCGCGUGCGUCGGGCCAUGAUUUUAUCCCUUCCCUCGUGAACGGAUAAAUUGUUGAGAGGAGGAGGCAAGCAGAGAGACAGUUCGUGUGUUGUGCCAGUGACCGGUGCCAGCUGGUCCAUUCACCUCAACAUGGGCAAAGCUGAGAGAGGAAAAGAAGAUAAUUCGGAUGUGGUACAGUCCUGUAUUGGUAACUUCGGACGGUGGCAGUUAUGGUUAUGCUUGUGGAUAUCCGUCCUCAAGUUCCCCGUGGCUUGGCACUCUCUAGGAAUCGUGUUUUUGGCGCCCCCCGUCGACUCAUGGUGCAGAAGGCCCACAGCCUUGCAGAAUCUGACAGAUGAGCAGUGGCGUAACAUGAGCCAGCCCUCUGCAGCGUCGGGGACUCAGGAUCGAGACUCAUGCAGAAUGUACGACGUCAAUUACACCGCAGAGCCUUAUAAUAGGCCGCCCUCCAAUCACAGCACUGUUGCGUGUGUCGACUGGGAAUAUGACCGGUCUGUCUUCCGAGAAACCAUUGUGACCCAGUGGGACCUGGUCUGUGAUCGGAGGCAGCUCGCAAAUGUUGCCCAGACCGUGUUCAUGUUCGGCAUCCUAGUGGGAAACGUUCUGUUUGGAAUGGUGGCUGACAGAUUUGGUCGCAAGGAGCCCCUGGUUGUGGCUUGCGUGAUGCAGGCAGUGUUCGGGUCUGCGUGCGCAUUCAUACCCUGGUUCGAAGGAUUCCUGGUGAUGCGGUUUCUUACAGCAGCUGCUGUUGGGGGCUCCAUGGUCACAAGUUUCGUCAUCUGCAUGGAGAUUCUGGGAGGAUGGUGGAGAAUGGCCUUCUCUGUUUUAUUUCACUUGCCUUUCAGUGUGGGACAUGCAACCCUACCGGCCAUUGCUUACUUCGCCAAGGACUGGCACAUAUUCCAGUUGGCCAUAUCUCUGCCUUCAAUUCUCUCAUUGGUUUAUUGGUGGGUAAUCCCUGAAUCGCCACGCUGGCUGCUGGCAGUUGGCAGGGACGACAAAGCAAUCGAGAUUCUGGACCGGGCCGCCAGGAUCAACAAGUUAGACACUUCGACUCUAGCACAGAGAAUACAAUCGAUCAGCAUUCACAAGAACAAGACCAAGGAUGUUGAGAAUAUGAAAAAGGCGAACAUCCUGGACUUGUUCAGGACGCCUAACAUGCGCCUCAAGACUGUCUGCAUGUACUUCAUCUGGGUUGUCUGCGGUCUCUGCUUCUAUGGGCUCUCGCAGUACAUGGGCCAAAUCGGGGGCAACAUCUUCAUCAACGUCGCCAUUUCCGGUUUAAUCUCUCUCCCUGGAAUGUCAAGCUGUAUAUACCUGAUGGGGAGAUUCGGGCGGAAAAGAACAAUUCUCUCCUCGCUAAUGCUCGCAGCGGUUUCUUGUCUCCUCAUCAUGGCGGUGCCUCAAACGCCGGAGUGGCCCAAAGCGACGCUGGCAGCGUUGGGAAUCUUUGGGAUGUCUGUGGCCUUCCCCACUGCAUACCUCUACGCCGCAGAACUGUUUCCCACCGUGGUGCGAAACGUGGGACUCGGGUCUUCUUCCAUGUGCGCCCGCUUCGGAUCUAUGGUUGCGCCCUACGUCACCUCUCUGACGACGUUUGGCUUUUUUGUGCCACCUCUGACGUUUGGAGUAGCCCCAUUAGUUGGGACCCUUCUGUGUCUCUUUCUCCCAGAGACAGCCAACACAAAGCUUCCAGAUACCCUGGAGGAAGGAGAGAGUUUCGGAAAGAAAAUAAAUAAAACCAAAACCACAACAGGAUCCUCAAAUAAGGGCUUCAUUGAUGAGGACAGUCCAGUGAAGCCGUAUUAAAUAAUUACAUACUUUUAAUUCUGCUCCUUUGUGACUUCGCCAAUAUUUGGAGUAGUGACAGCUAAUAAUAUUUUGGCUACAUGUACCCAGUCACAUCCUCAAGUACCUGGAUUCCGUCUCAACACAAUCUUAGUGUCUAUACAGUGAUAGUGUUUGUAGUGGCUAUGUUGGCUAUUAGUGUUCAUGGAGAACAUGAAAGUAAUGAAAAAGGCCAUAAAGAUUUGUAAUCAUGUAAUCUUGUUAAAUAAUCAAAAUUAACAGCUUCACAAAUUUAAAAUGCUAAUUCUUUUCCAGUCUUCUACAUGACAAAUGGUAACUGGCAGAAAGCCUGCCGCAAAAGCACUGCUAGACGAAAUGUCUCUUAUCUCUGACAUGUCUUAUGAAUGAUGGAUGCAUUAUGGACCUGAUAUGUUGUGACGUCAUGUAGGCUAUAGUAUUACCACUUGGAUAAAGCAACUUUAUAUAACGAGAUGGAUUUAAAAAAUUACAUUCCAUGUAGAGAUUUUUUUAAAUAAUUUAUAUGGUUUUUGAAAUGGUGUUUUCAUAAAUAAUUGCCAGUAUAAGGUUAUAAAGGUAUAAAAAUAGACGUUCACGGAGAUUUUCCUCCAAUAAAAAUAUUUCAGUGUUGAAACUACGAACUUCUUCAUCCCUCUGCAAACGAUGGAUCAGACACUGAAUUAUUCAGUUAACACCUCUUCCAUAACAGUAUCAAAAGUGGAUUCGAUUUCUUCCCUGCAGGUCUUUUAGUUGUUAUGAGGAAUAUUGAGGUAAAUGUUGCCAUUAAAACUCCCCACAAAAAUAAAUCUUAACGGUUAUUGUUUCAGGAAUACGGUGACCUUGAGCGGCCACAUUGAAACCGUUGUGGCAAAAGGUUUGACAUUACUCGUGCGCCUAAUAUUCGCAGAAUAUAUACUGCAUGGAUAAAAAGCCGCCUUGUUCAUGUUUCCUGAGUCCUGAAUUACUAGGUGUACGUCAUGAACAAGCAGCUGAAAAUAUGAAUACUUGUUAACAGUCCCUUCCAGAGAUGUUGGGCGAAUAUGUCUUGAAGGCUGAUAAGGAGGUCGCAGGUCCCUUUACUAAAAAUAUUCUUAUUUUCUUGCGUCCUGUCCUAUGUUACAUUCCAGCUGUGAAAAUACUUCCGCGUUUAAAUGGUAUUAACAUAUUUUUUCAAGAUCCUAUAUUACGAACUUUGCAAAUCUUGUAGGUUUUGAGGUUUUCACGGCGAUGACAAUGAAGAAAGUCGUCUUCUGGGUUUAGGCACCGUGUAUUCUUCGUU